ACAAAUUCCUAAUGCAAGAGAUUGUAUAGGGUCAAUAAAGUGAUCUUAUCUUAUCUUAAAAGGCCAUUCCAGCCCCGUGACUGCUGUGUGUCCUGACUCGGGGGGCUUCUUUCGUCCUCUCGGCUGCUGGCAGUUUUUGCAGCUGGUUCCCCAGCCGACAAGCACCUGAGGUCAUCUUCUGCGGCUCCUUCAGGUAGGUCUUCUGGGGGGGUCUGUAAACAGGACCACUGCGUGGCUCAGGUAUUGGAGCAGGGGUGCUGCUCUUCACUCCGCUGAACACGGGCUGCCAUCUCCCAGGACCCUGCCGAGACUGCUAGAAUCAUCACAGCUUCCUCUCGACUUCCAAACACACCACUUUUCCCAAGGGCAUCUUGACUUACAUUUAGCCCCACAUCAAGGCUUUCACCAGUGCUGAAGCUGCUGCCGUCACAAGGCUGCAUUUCAGCCUGAGCAGUGCUUUCUUGGGUUUGUUUUCCCGUUUCACCUGUUGGCACGCUGGCUCCUUCACAGGCAGAGCUCCAGCACUGUCGCUGGCACAGAGUAGCUCAGCCGGGUCCUGAACUGCAGCCCCGUGGACCGGACAGACACGGGAGCGCUGGCUCCCCGGUCCCGGGUAGGGAGGCGUGAGGAGGAGCGUGACGGGAGGGCGCUCCCUUAUCCGCCUCUUCCCGAGCAUCCCGGUGCAUCCCCAGGGCUCGCGCGUCCGCGCUCCCCGAGCAGCCGGCCGCGGCGGGCUCUCGCGAGUGCUGAGUCACCGCUGGCGAGUGGGAAGGUCUGCGGAGCGCGAGCGCGAGCCGCGGAGCAGCGUCCGAGUGAGCGAGCGAGGGAGAGAGAGGGAUCCGACCAAGCCCCCCUCGCCCAGGAGACCGUCUCCGAGCGCAGGGCUCGCCGUGGAGCCACCAUGAGCGAUGUCACCAUUGUCAAGGAAGGAUGGGUACAGAAAAGGGGAGAGUACAUCAAGAACUGGAGGCCGCGAUACUUCCUGCUGAAGACAGAUGGCUCGUUCAUCGGCUACAAGGAGAAGCCGCAAGACGCAGACCUGCCUUACCCUCUGAAUAAUUUUUCUGUGGCAACCCCGUUCAAGGCAGCUGAGAUGGGAACUCACUCCCUGAAUACUGAAACAGCCUUGUGGAGAAGGUUCCCCGCUGUGCAUCAGUGCAGUGGUGAAUGAAUCGGGUCUCUCAGAUCUGGCAGCAGACUGGCACAGCGGUCAGGUUACUGGACCGAAAACGGACGGUUGUGGGCUCAGAUCCCAGGUGAGAUCCUGCUGUUGUGCCCUUUAGCCAGGACCUUCACCAAGAUU